UUUCUUCCGUUUCUCGACUUCGAUCUGGUUGAUGAUCUGUUCUGGCGUGGGUUUCUAAAGGGUUGACGACCACGAAAUCUGGACCGACCUUCUUUGAGAGCGGCAAUCUCAAGUGUAAGCUUUUCUAUUUGUUUGCUUAAGACUUGAAAUUGCAAGUUGUUUUGCGUUUCGCUGCUGCUUCUAGGGGUUGAAUCUUCACGGACUUCUGCUACCGCUUGUUCUGUGUGCUCCAUCAUCUUGUCUGCCAUCGUAGCCAUGGUGUCGAGCGAGGAUUCUGUGCUGACAGAUAGCACGGCUCGUACUUGCGACGGCAAAUGUCCCAUCCACAGAACUUUCAGGGCGUCAUCGGCGACUUUUGUUCCGGAUAAAUCUCGCAUUACACGAAGAAGUUGAGAAGGUUUCUGUUCUCCCAGCUCUAAUCCUCCUAGCAGCUUUUGGAAUUGCUUGGAUUCGGAUUCUUCGUACACCGACAAUAGUCUCUUCUUCAGCGCUAGAUAUUUUCCAGUGGAUGGUGGAUUGCAGAUGAUAUCGCUCACUUGUUCGAUGUCUGUUCUCUCUAACACGGCGACAGCGAGAUUAUAUUUUUGAUCUUCACUGGUCUUGUAUGAAGAUACCACGGCUUCAAAUUGUGCGAACCACAGCUUAGGUUGGGCUCGCCAAAACGGCGGUAUUCUUGACACGAAUAGUAUAGUACACGUUUAUUUUCGAAAGUACUGAGUCGAUUUCAUUAAAACUUUCACCAAUGUAUUCGUUACUAACAGGUGCGCUCAAGGCAAUUGAAUACUGCGUUUCAUUGAUAAUAAUACAUAAUUGAUGUGUCACUAGUGUUUCAAGUUGCUAAUCGAUAUGUGAUGUCUGAUGGCGCGGCGCCACGUCAGUGGGGAGGCGCGGCCUGAGGCGCCUCCACAUGUCACCAGGCGACGGGUGCCAUUCGUGUGGCACCAGUUGUUUACAGCACAUAACUAAUGUGUUUACACAUUAAUAUUCAGGAACCUCGUUGCGUGUGUAGAGACCACCAUCUUACGUUCAUGGUGAUUGAUUUUAGUGUCGUAUCGAAGGUCGGCGAUGGGAGUCCGAUAGCUUUAGAUUUAAUGGAGAAUUGAAUGAUUUUUUGUUCGACUUCCUGGGCGAGAACACGAAUCUAAAGUUCGAUAUAAAAUAAUAUGACAAUAUAGUCGUGAGCGAUGGAGGAUAUCGGUUUAGGAGAGCCGGUGUUGCUGCAGACUCUACGAGCGCAUCGCAGCGAGGUGACGUGUGCGGACGUAGACGUGACCGGGGCCCGGCUGGUGACCGGGAGCGGGGACCGCACGCUGCGGUUGUGGCGGUGGGCGGCGGGCCAGGGCUGGGAGGAAGUGGCUGCGGUCCGUGACGCGCACCGCUACGGCGUAACGUGCGGGCGCUGGUCGCCGCUCGGCGCGCUGCUGUGCUCGGGCGGUGUGGACGGCGCGGCGCGCGUGUGGUGCGGGCGCUCGCUAGCGGCGCGCCGCGUGCUGGCGGCGCCGGCGGCGGCGGCGGCUCGGGCCGCGUGCUGGGCGGGCGGCGGCCGGCUGCUGGUCGGACACGACGACGGCGCGCUGUGCGUGUGGAACGUGCCGCGCGCGGCGCUGCUCGCGAGACACGUCGCGCACGAGGGCUCCCUGCAGGCGGUCGCGGUCAUUGCUCGGAAUGCGCUUCUCUUGACUGCCUGCACCGAGGGCGUGCUAAAAGUUUUUAAUUUAAACGAUGUCUGUAACAGCGGUUUAGAAAACGAGUGUUCCCCAAGUCCAUUGACGUGGAUCGACAGUGCGCACGAUCUAGGUGUGCUGUGUGCGGACGCGGCGGAGGUGGGGGGUGAGGUGGCGACGGGGGGUCACGACGCGCUCGUGCGGGUGUGGUGCGCCGCAGAUUCGGGCCAGGGACUCCAGGAGCGGUGCUCGCUUGCUGGACAUGCCGCUGCAGUGACGGCUCUGCGCUGGGCGCGAGAAGGGCUGCUGCUGGCGUCAGCAUCACUGGACCGCACGGCGCGGCUCUGGCUGCCGUCCACUGCCGUCUGCCUGCACGUCCUGCACGCGCAUCCACGCUAUCUCACUUGCGUCUCCAUCGACCAACAUCUGCGUUACAUCAUUACCGGUUCAAACGACAAGUCGGUGCGGAUGUUCGCGCUGCGGCCGCUGACUCUGGCCGACGAGCUGCAGCCGCCUUGCAAUGCGCUCGAGCACUUCGGACUCGGCGACCUUGAGGGAAUUGGUCCGGUGGAGGAGGAGUCGGCGGGUGACACCGCGGAGUUUGAGAGCGGCGCGCAGCGCGUGUGGUGCGAGGACGCGCACGUUGGCGCUAUCAACUGCGUCGCCACUCACGGCCCGCUCGUGGUCACUGCGUCCAGCGACGGCACAGUGAAGGUGUUCCGCUGGUCGGACGGGCUUAGCGUGGUCCACUGUCUGGACGCGCACGAGUAUCCCGCGCUGGCGGUGAGCGUCGGGGCGGCGGGCGCACUGCUGCUCUCCGCCUCGCUCGACGGCACGGCCAAGCUCUGGGAUGUUCAGAUGGGAUGUCAACUCCGGUCACUGUGCGCUGGUGUCCGUGGUUCAGUGGAGGGCGAGGGUGGGGGCGGGGUGCGGGACGCAAGGGUGUCGCCGCAUCGUCCAUCGCUGCUACUGCUGGCUGCCGAUGAUGGUGUCGCUCCCCUCUGGUGCCUUGCAGACUCGGAUCCAGAUCCUACAUACAUAUACUCUGGCGACGGGUCGGCGAUGACGUGCUGCGCGUGGAGCGCUUGCGGGCGCAUGCUGGCGACGGGCGCAGCCAGCGGCGAGCUGCGCGUGUUCACGCCGCCGCCGCGCGCCACACUGCUGUACCACCACGCUGACGCGCAUGACAUGGCAGGAGUUCAGAGCUGCGACUUUCUGGCGGACGGCAGCACGCUGGGCGUGUCGCGGCCGGCGCACCCGUGCCUGCUGGCGACGGCCGGCGCGGACGCUCUCAUCAAGAUCUGGCUCAUCGAGUUGGAUGAGGACGAGGCUAGUGCCAGCGUGCGCCUAGUGCGCCAGCUGGAGGCGCACGGCGGCGGAGUGACCAGCGUGCGCUGGCAGCCAGCGCCGGCGCCAGUGACCGGCGCGCUUCUCGCCUCCGCCGGCGCCGACCGCUGGGUGCGCGUGUGGCGCCUACAACCGGAACAAAAUCAUUUCGAACUGAAUUUAUCAGCCGUAUGUGCGGUGUCAGAGGCAGAAUCUCGGGGUGCGCUCGCGGUAGCGCUGUUGGGCGAGCAGAGCGCGCACGCAGAGCAGAGCGGCGCGCUGCUGGCCGUGGGCACGCUCGGCGGAGAGCUGUCACUGUGGCGGCUACCGCGCGGCGAUGAAUGCGGCGACGACGAUGAAGGCAGCGAUCCAAGGUUUUGGGGAGAAGCUGGCGUCGUACGAUGGCUUAAAGAAUACGUUAUCCCAGGCUGCUGUAGCUCGGGCACGGACGAGGCGGAGCGGCGGCUGCAACGGAGAGCGCGCGCGCGGCGCGUGUGCGGCGCGCGGCUGCUCGACGACCGCCCGGACGUGCUGAUGACCGCUCUCUUUGAUGAAGAGGAUGAGGAAUUACUGGAGGAGGUGUGCUUGGAUGAGAGCGCGCUGCGCGAGCGCUUGGCCGAGGAGCUCAAGUGGCUGCGUCGCUCACCGCCACCUAUUGAGUUGGAGCAGUCAGCGCCGCACGCGCUGCUGUGCCCGCUGUCGCACCGGCUCAUGCGCGAGCCGGCGCGCGCGGCCGACGGGCUCAGCUACGACCGCGCCGCGCUCGCAGAGUUUUUCCUCGCUGCAGACGGGGCCAUAUCUCCGGUGUCGGGUCGGCGACUGAGCAACGCACGCGUGUCUCCAAACUACGCACUGCGCGAGAAGCUGCGAAGCUUUCUGGCAGAGAGCGGGCAUUAGCUAGCGACGAGCGGCGCCGGCGCCGGCGCCGGGACUUAUGUGACGUGGUGGCUUUAUAUUGAUGAUGUUAAAGAAGCGUGUUAAAUACUACGUUGGUUUUGA